AUGGCGCACGAAUUUGUUGGACCUAUGCCCGUUGAGGACUUCUUCAAGGCGUUCAUGAAUCCAGGUCGACCGUACACAGAGCCAAGUCUUCCUAAACAAUGGAGAGGGAAAUUUCGGGCCAAACUCAUCAAAAAACUUGGAUUCGAGAAUAGUUUUAUCAAUGCGGUCAACAGAGCCGAGAUAUGCCCCGAUCUUGUCCUAGUCAACACAACCAAGGAAAGAGACGAUCAAUUUUGGCGUAAACCAGACAUCACCGUCUAUAAACGCCCAUACAAUGGCCCGCCCACUACAGACUUUAAGCGCAUGGAGCUUCACAUUGAACGCAAAACCGCAAGCGAAGACCCAUUUUCGGAUCCAAAGUCGAGAAAAUCUCGCCAGGAACACAGUUUCGAGCAUGAUUCCAAGGCCUCAAUGAAGAGUCGAGGCCAAAUCAUCUCCUACACGGCAUGUCAAUUCGCUUCACAACAUCGCUGCUUCACCUUUUCCAUCCUCUUUCUCGAUGACCAUGUUCGAUUCAUACGUUGGGAUCGUGCAGGAGCUAUUGUGACGAAGCGAUUUAAUUGGAGGGAUGACCCGAAGCCACUCGCGAGGUUCCUGUGGCUUUUCAACCACCUCUCCGAUGCAGAACGGGGGUAUGACACCUCCAUAUCGAAGCCUACGGCCCGAGAGAUUACGUUGACGAAGAAGAAACUUGACGAGCGUGCAAACGCAUUGGCGAGGGCGAAGGGAGAACCCUCACGUCUCCCUGAGACACGGUAUUCGACAGACGACUCGUUUCGCAAGUUCUGUGUGGUGGAUGAUGACCCCGGGAUAAAAGAGGGUGAAGCUAGAGUACGAUUCUUCGUUGCUUCUGUGCCCCAAUGGCAGAGUGGGAGCCCGGUCGGAAGGGGCACGAAAGGCUACGAGGCGCUAGAUCUGGACACAGGAGAGUUGGUUUAUCUAAAGGAUACCUGGCGAUAUGAAGCGGAUAGGAUGAAGAAAGAGGGUGACACAUAUCGGAAGCUCGCGGCGAACGAUGUCUCUCAUAUCCCCCGUCUUGCAUGCGCGGGUGACGUGGAAGAACACCGAACACGUACACACGAAUUCGCCGACGAGGACUGGUGCUGCGGAGAGCCAAAGCUGAGGCGACACAGACAUUACCGACUGGUAUUGAAGGAUCUGGGGCGCCCGUUGUCCGAGUUCAAUUCGACCAAAGAACUAUGUCAAGUUCUUUUAGAGGCAAUAAUAGCGCAUAUGGAGGCAUUCAAGGUCGAUGUUCUCCAUCAGGAUAUCAGUGGAGGCAACAUCUUGAUCACGGAUGAUGGUCACGCCCUCUUGAUUGACUGGGAGCUUGCAAAGAGAGUCAGCGAGGAGAAAUCACCUAGGCAAGAUUGGCGAACGGGUACAUGGCAGUUCAUUUCAACCGCCAUCCUUGAACAACCUAGAAAGGUCCAUGAACUUCGAGACGACCUGGAAUCCUUCCUCCAUGUUCUCCUCUACCACAGUGUCCGUUAUCAAUACCACAAGAUUCGAAACUUUCCCAGAUUAGUGGCAGAUUUUUUCGACCAAUCAUACAACGAAACCAACGGCGAAACCUUGGGCGGACAGUCAAAACGUAGAUGGUUCUCUCACCCUUCGUACCCAGACGAUUUCUCCAAAACAGACCUCCAGAAUUACCUGAGCAAGGCACACUUCGAUCUCAUUGAUAGGCUUCGAGUAUUGUUUCGUCCGCUCUAUCUUAGGGAGGAAGUUCUUGAAGACAUGAACCCCAAACCCGAUCCAGUCGCGGCGGCUCAGAUCCUAGAAUCGUCUGACCGCUUUAUCGAGAUAUUCAAUGAACAGUUGAAUAAAGAGGGAUGGAAAGUUGGUGAUAGGAGCUUCGACAUGCUAGCCAGCUUGAAACCGACUAGGACCGGAGGCCGGGGGCUCGUUCAUGUGUCAACCACAACAAUGGCGUUAAAACGGACUUCAGAGAAGGCGGGCCUGGAUCAGAGUGCGGCGGGUAAGCGGCAGAAGACCAUAUUACCUUCAAGAUCAAGGGUUGAGCGUGUGAUGGAGUGAAAUGAUUGUAUUCUCAAGAUCAGACUUUUUUGCUGUAUCGCUGACCGUUUCUGUGGUUACUUAGAAAUCCCUCUCAUCAUGCAUCAUGUUUCACUAACUCACCACUUUACUGUAUCACUAGCUCUCGAUUUCAUCAUGUACUAUACCCGCUCUCGGUUUCAUUGGGCCAGAAUAUGUCGCUCUCGAAUAACACCAAUAUUUCUGUGCCAUC